AUGGGUUCUGGUACAACAAGUGGGUCUCAAGAUCGGCAGUCUAGUGUGAGAAGAGCAUUUAGAUCUCUUUCCCAAGUUUUGGGAAUUUCAAGUUCUCAAUUUGAGGCGCAAAAAAUUGUGUCCUAUCAAGACGGGAAAUUUGUCGUAGACAAUGAGGAAUUGAUGGAAGUACUAGAGAACGGCACUACGGGUGAUAAAGUGAGUGCGCUGAAGCUGCUAAGAGAUGAGAUGGUUAAUAUAACAUGCGAAGAAAGAUUCAGCUUAUGGAAAUCAGUCAAAGCAAAAAUAAAUUUGAAGAAAGAGGGAGUUGUUAGGACGGAGGCUCUUAAGGUUUUACAAGAGCUUCUCAAUUUUAGUGAGCUUCCCAAAACUAAUGGAAUGGAAUUUUACAUUGACAUUUGUGAAAGUGUCAACUUUAUGGGGAUUGAUAGGGAUAUGAAGAUUUUUUUGGUGUGUUUCCAUGAGUUACUCAGGUUUGCUAAUAUAACUUCUUUUGAGAAGUACACUGAUCACCCUCUGAACGACUUUUUGAUUAAAUUGCACAAGCAGAUAUUGAUGUAUCGUUCAGAAGAGUUGGAUGUUCUUAUUGUUUCCUUAAUUUCCGAAUGUAUUGAAAUUGAUAGACAUUUAUUCACUUCGGACGAUCUACAAGAUUUACUCAAUACUGUAAUUGAUAUGAGUAUUAAAACAAAAAAUAUGUUGGAGCUCAAAUCAUUUUUAGAUUUCUUUGAUAGUUACCUUCUUACAGGCUACAAAUACGAAGAGGAGCUUUACACUAUAUUUUCCAUUCUUGGCUGUGCUAAUGGAUUAGAAGAGCUUGAAACUUCAGGGAGAUGUGAACUACUUAUGGACCGUAUUUUGGUUGAUGAUCUGUCUUCGAAAGUACCAUUUACUCUUUGUGACGUGAUUAUCGCUAGAUUUGAUACUCAACAAAGGCAUAGAAGUGGAAAUAGACCAAUAAUAGGCUGUUUGAGGCUUUUGUCGUAUACUUUGAAGUAUUUUGAUGAAGAAUCGAGGGGUGGAAAAGCGAUUACUUCCUUUUUUGAACAUCAUUUGAAUUAUCUUUUCCAGGCUCUCAUAACGGUUUCCGAAAGAACUGAUGAAGCAAUAUCAAUUGAGGUCCUCAAAUUAAUUGAUGAGGUGUUAGAAAAGCCAUUCAUGCUGAGCGGAUACUACAAAUAUUUCAUUGAAAGAAACGAAUUUUGGAAAUUACUUCAACUACUAAACUGGCGAAAUAAACAGCCAAUAUCGUCCAGCUAUAAAGAUGUUCUAAAUGAGCUUUUUAAUAAAUUACAAAAUUUUGAUCUUAAUAGCUUUUAUGUAUCACGCUUGAUUGAAUAUUUGGAAGAAAAUUAUCAAAUCUUAAGCAGCUACAAUAUUUCCUACGCUCUGAACUAUUACUCCAAAAAUCUGGUUUGUGUUUGUGGUGCAUUAAACUGGAAACAAAAAUGUGAAACCAUCGUUGAAAAAUACUAUUCAACCACACCAUCAGACGUUUUAAAAGUCCUUAAAAAUUCCUUCUUAUAUUGUAUUCCAUUGAAAAUUGAUCAGCCAUCCCUGGACUUCUAUAUCAAUAUCCUCUGCUAUGUUUGUGUGCUUGGAUUGAAUUUCAAGCUAGAAGAUGACGUUUUAGAGCCACUCACAGACGUGAUCUUGAAGCUAGAUGAUCAAAUGCUCGAAAAAGUUGUUGAUGAUUAUUUAAUGGAAAUCCAAAGUUUUACUGAUUUAAACAAGGAAAUUAUAGCUAAGACAUUGAUUCUUGCAACCCUAAAAUUUGCUGACAACAAAAAGCUGUCCGGAAAAGCUUAUAUAUUAUUGAACUCUGUAGUGAAAAUCACAAAGCUCUCAGCAGCUCAUGAGAGUUUAAAACUUUUCAAUCUGGCAAUUCUUCUGCUAACUCGGAUAAGGGCUCGCAAUGAAGCCUCAAAGAAACAUUUUUACAUUUAUGAGAUCAAAAGUGAAGAUGUUAGGAAUGAGUUUUUUUUGAGCAGGAAUGAGAAAUCGGAAACUGAAGAAAAUAACAAGGAUAUUGAUGUGAAGUUAAAGCAACUCCUUGAUGCGCAACUUUCAGAUCCUCGAUUUGAGCAUAUUUUGUCUCAGUAUUUCUUUGAUGGGAAAACAAAAGAAUUUGAUACAGAAAUAGAUCCCAAAAUCUUGCUAGAUUUGUACACUGAUAUUUUGCGAAAUACUACCAGCUGGGAAUUUUAUCUUCUUGUAGUAAAGCAUAUCAGAUAUCAACUUUUGAAUUAUGACCUUUUCAGGCAAAUCUGUAAUGAAUCCAUCAUAGAACUUACAAAUUUACUCACUCAGCAGAUGCAAUUUAUCUAUACUUUCAAAUUUGAAAGGCCACAUUGGCUCCAAACAAAACACAUCCGUAUUGCCAUUGUUGAAGUUUUGUAUGGGAUAUAUCCAUACAAAGAAACGAUUCCUUUGCGGCAAAGCGAAGACUUGAUUAGAUCUGUAGCUCUUGAUUUUCAUUUUUUUGACAUUAUCAGAACACCUUUUCUGAAUUACCUUCAUUGCUGCAUGUUUGAGUCCCCGAAAUUAAUGAGGCAUUUCGUUUACCCGAUAUUGAAGAUGAUUCAAGAUGACCUUUCAAAGCCUGAGACAUUGUUCUCAAGCUUGGGGUUCGUCCUUGAUUUGUAUGAGCUUUCCGAUUGUUAUAAGCUGAAGCAAAAAGAAAUUAAGAUUAUUCAAGAUGUUCUGAGUAGAGUUAUAAACUACAACAUUGAGAGGCACGAUUUAAUUAAUAAAGAGAUUAAACUUUCUAAGGUUCUUGCUGGUUUGAUCCUUAAAACUUUUGGUUCUGCAGAUGAAAAUGGUGUGGAGCCAAUGGUAACACAAAAGAUGAGAAUUCUAUUCACGCAUCUUGUCUGUGGGAGGGCAGGAAAGGAGGAAGAACUGUUUGCAAGAAUGGUCCAAUGUUGCAAAGACAAGGACUCAUUGGCCGGCUCUGUCGUUGACCUUGACAAAAUUGAAGUUUCUGCUGCUGUAUGCGGGGUUGGAACGGAUGCCUACUGCUGUAUCUCCACGGGAAAAGACAAGAUUGAGGUGGUAUUGGUGGAACAGCAACUGAGUCCCCAGCUGGUUGACGAGAGCAUGGGCAAGAAGAUUCUGAUUACGACUGUUGACGAGAAUCGAGACUAUUUCACCGUUUCGAGCUACGGGUUUGAGUACAUCAAGUUGGGAAGUGUUUUUGUCGGACGCAACAACAUAGUUCAGUUUGUCAAGGUUCUCAUUGAGCUCUGUUCCGUUUCGGCGUUGGUGUAG